GCACUGACACGAACAUAGAUAAAUGAAUUUUGGAGAGGAAACGGAUUUUAAAGAAUCUUUGGAACAAUGAACUAAUUUAGACGUCACGAUCUAAUCUGCGACACGUGAUAAAGAGUUCACCCGGAAGCCAUAAAUAGUGUCUUUGCCUUGUUGUAGUUCUCUGCGAACGAAAGUCAGCAUUCUCGCAUGGUUGAACGCCGACAGAAAGAUGUCGAGCUUAUCGGAAGCCUACAUCUACGAAUGGGAUUUGGAGCGAAUGCUCAUGUGGCUGAGAGAGGAGAAUCUUCAUGACUGUGUUCAGCCAUUCUCAUUCAAAAAGAUAAAUGGAAUACAAUUUAUGAACCUAUCAGAUCAUGAUAUCAAAGCUCUGCGCAUCUCUCAAGACAGUAAAAGAAAACUGGCAAAAGUGCUGAAAAAGAUUAGGGGAAAGAGACAAAAUGUCCGCAAAAGGUUUGAUGGAGAUUCCUCCGGAUUGAAAGAGCGUAGAAAACCCCCUGCUGCACCAGCUCAUGUACACGAUGAUGAAGCUGAUAGUGAUGAUGGCUGGGCAACAGAUGACUUUGACGAUGACCCUGAUGAAUUUGAAGAGGAGGAAAGUGACGAUGAAUCAGGAGGAGAAUACAUUGAAGCUGAAGACAAUGAAAGUUUAAUUCCUACUCCAGGAUCCCCAGCCAAGGAAGUCCCUAAUGUGCCACUUGGUCUGGUUGCACAGUUGAAGGCUGGCUUAAAUGGAACUAUGGGAAGAGCACAUUGUAUAGUUCCCCCAGAAAGUCUUCACACUAAGACUACACCGAUGCCGUAUGAGGACGAUGACCAAAUAUACGAUGAACCGCCAGAAGAAGUUUAUGAGGAACCAAGUGAUGAUUCAGGAUCAGGAAUUGUAGUACGUCCCACUUGUCCUAAGAAAUUAAUAAGAUGUGACUCAAGUGAGGGAUAUAUUGAUGCAAGGUCUACAUCAGUUAUUCAAGAAGAGCCAGUUCAAUGCCCUCCUCCUGCCCCUGCCCGACCUCCAAAACCAGGAUUUUUAAAGGCCAAGAAGCCACCACCAGUAAUACAACCAGAACCGGAAAUUUAUGAUGAGGUACCAGAAGAUGAUCAACUUGGAAGAACCCAAGUUGUGGAGCAGGAAACAUAUGAGGUCCCUGAUGAUAUGGAUGGAGGGCAACAGUCCUCACAACCACCCCCACAGUAUGAUGGAGAUGCUGAAACUUAUGAAGUACCUGAACAAGAAGACCAAGAAACAUAUGAAGUUCCAGAUGAUCAUGAGUCAGCACCAUCACAGCCAUCACAGCCAUCACAGCCCCCACCAAGACCAUCAUUUGGAGGGUUUGGUUUAAAGCCUACAAGGAUGAAUACAUUAGCUGAGAAAAUGAAACCAUUUUCCCCUAAAGAUUUACCAAAACAAAAACCAGGAAUUAAACCUCCAUUAGCAUCUAAACCACAAGUCAACCAAAAGCCAAAUGCUCCUGGUCCAGUUAGAAGUUCUCCCAACAGAUCAUCACGACUGUAUCCAGCAUCAAAAGAUAACAUAGGUCCUCCCGAUUCACCAACGAAAAGACUCUCUGGAGUAACUUCACUAGGUUCUCGACCACCCAUGGCUACUCCAUCCCAAGAACCUGAAAAGAAUAACAAUGAACUCUCUCCAACAAAGUCAUUUUCAAGGUUACCACCACCACCAAACGGUCGAAAACUGGUCCCUCCCCCUGUGGAGGAAUCACCACCUCCCCCUCCUAGACCUGGUGCUAAGCCUCCUUCGAAGCUGCCAUCAAGAUUGAGUGAUUUAGAUCCUCAAAGGAAAUCUCAGGCGUUUCCUCCUCUACCAGACGCGAGGCCCGCUGAUUCGCUGAAGCAGUAUCCUUGGUUCCUUGGCUCUUUGGACAAAAAAGUAGCCGAAAACGCCUUGAACUCAUUCUCUAAGGAAGGGGCAUUUAUUGUGCGCAACAGCUCAAAAGAUCCUAAUAGCUAUUCAAUGUCGUUGUAUUUCAACAAAAGUGUGCGGCAUCUGAGAGUACCUCGGCUCCAAAAUAAGAAAUAUGUUCUUGGAGACAGUGGAAAAGUGCAAUUCGACACCAUAGUGGAAUUGGUCGACUACUACAGUCAACAUCAUGUUGAUCUCAAAUCAGGAGGGUCCACUUCUCUUACAGCUGCUUGUCCAGUCAAAUAGAACUUGAUUUCACUCUACUUGAAUCAGGAAUGUGCUCAAAUUGUUUCUCCUGUCCCUGCAAUUUUCUGGCUGAACGGCGUCCAUGGAAAGUAUAGCUUUUUGGAUUUCAAAUGUGUUUUAUUUGCCAUUGCUAAAGCUGGUCCUCCCUGUAGUCAGUGUAACUUGUUACUUGUUAUGUAACAUGUUCGUUGCGAAGUCGUAGAAGAGCAAACGAUCCAACAUUUUUUUUUUUUUUACCGUAUGAAAGAACUUCCUUAGUUCUUUAGUGGGAAGAGCUGCGUUUGAAGGUUUCGUUGCUGUAGUUAGCUUCAUGUUGAAUUGCCCUAUUUUUCUUUGUACGUGUGGAUGAAGGUGAAAUUAAUCAUCCAAAUACGUUUGGAGAAACAGUGUGUUUUAAUUGAAUUCACGGUAUUGACAAUGCGAUUUCAUCAGCGCUAGGUAAGAAAAUGGAUUAAGUAGAAUACCUGAAUAAGAUUUCAGGUUGAGUGAUUUAAAAAGAGCAGUUUAUUUUCAUAGUUCAAUUGUUUAACAAAAUUAAGGUUCAAGGGUGUAGCCCAUUAAUCGAGAGUGUGAAUAAUGUAUUGAGUAUUGGACAAAGUUGCGUGUUACGAGCGUGUGGCCUAAAUUUUUCUUUUGCAAGCUAGUACAUUCGUUCGACGUUGCUCUAAAUAAUCGGAGGUUUUUUUUACUUAGCCAGUCUAAUCAAUUAAUGUCAAACGUGAAUUUUUGUACGGGACUUUUCCCGCUGUUUUCGUACGAGAAUACACCUGUUUAAAUGUUUACCCAAGUCUUACUUGUAUAUUUUACGUGAAGCAAGCCAUUUUAAGAGCAAAUGUUCAUUUUUAUAUAUAUAGUCUUAAAUAUUCUUGAUGGUCUCGCUCUCGAUAAAUAAAAAAACAACAACAGCAAAACAAAACAAAAAAGAGGAUAAUGAAAUGUUCAUUUAAUACUAGUAUAUCGCAUUGAAAAUUAAACGGUGAACGAUCGUGAUUUUAACUCACCAUUAAAAAAAUACGUAUUUUGCGACAGUUACUAAUGUUCCUCAGGCUGUGAUGCUCAGGUUUUGUAUUUAUAGCAGGUUUUUGUCACAGAUAAUUCCCUCAGGCAGAUACAAAAAGUGAACAAGUAUUUAGACUUCAAAGUUGACUAGGGAACAAAAAUGAAUUUUCAAUAAUGUUGUAUCCCCCCCCCUUGGCUUCAUUUUAUAUUUUCAUAACAAGGGUCGAUAUGUACAAAGACAUCUUAACGAACGCCAUAUUGGUAAUGUCGAAAAAUAUGAUAAAUAAACAGUUAAGGAUCCAUUUAGAUAUAUUUGUAACAGUAUCAGAUGUUAGUUAAUUUUUAGCACAUGCUUAUUUUAAUUGUAGGAAUAAAUUAUUUUACAAUAAAGUUAGUGUUGGAGAGAGCA